AUGCAGAUCCGCCUUCUCUUUGCUCUCGCAGCCACUUCAGCAGCCGCUGCGUCGGCUGUCACGGUACCAUCUGGAGGAGACACGGCCCCCGGCCUCCGCGAAAGAGGUCACUCUGAGGAGCACCCCCUCCACGGCGGAGGAACAUACCCUCGCCUUUGCCGUCUGCACGACGGCACCGUGCUCUGCGUGAGCACCGGCUUCCAGGGCCCCGUGCACAUCCUACAAGUAUCGCGCAGCACCGACAACGGCCGGACCUUCACCCCCUACGGCGAGAUCGCCCGCGGCGCCGGCGACGUCGACAACGGCUUCCUAGCCGAGGUCGUCGUGCCUGGCGAGCAGCAGCCGGUCGUGCUAGCCGCGUUCCGCAACCACGAGCGCGACGCCGCGUCGGGCAAGUACACGCACUUCCGCAUCACCGUGUGUCGCAGCCUCGACGGGGGCCGCACGUGGGCGUACGCCGCGCAGGCGGCCGAGCAGUCGGCCGCGCGCAGCGGCGGCAUGGGCCUGUGGGAGCCGUUCAUGCGCGUCGGCCGCCAGGGCGAGGUCCAGCUGACGUACUCGGGCGAGCUGGCGCCCGACAAUCAGGAGACGUUCCGCGUCGUGUCCCGCGAUGGCGGGCUCACGUGGUCGCCGCCGCGGUGUCUGCAGUGCCAUCCGCAGUCGGAGCACCUGCGGGACGGCAUGCAGGGCAUCGUGAGCGUGCGGGACGCGGCUAAUGGGGCUGAAGCGCUGGUCAUGGUGUUUGAGACGACGCGGCAUGGCACGUUCAGUGUGGAGUAUGCCGUCUCGUACGACGAUGGCGAGACUUGGGGGAAUCGGAGAGAUGUGUAUUGUCCGCCGCGGGGAAGGAAUGCAGGGUCGCCGCAGAUCGCCUGUUGUGGGAACAAGAUGGCGGUCAUUUUCAUGACGGACGAGGAUGUGUCGUCGCCGAAGUGGCCUGGGAAGACGGCUGUCAAGACGGUGUUCUCGGAGGGGCUGAAUGGCGGGAGGGUGAGCUGGACUAAGCCGCUGCUGGUUCAGGGGGAGCCAGCGAUGUGGCCUGGGAUACUUGCAACGGGCCAGGAAGAAGUUAUGGCUGUUUAUGAGCAUGCUGGGAAACCUAUUGGUAGAUAUCUACGUAUGAACCACUAG